CCAGAGCAAGGAGUGGAGCGGGGCCGAGUUGGCGCCAGCUCCCACAGAUAAAGACACUCCUGGCCAGCUGACCAUCUCGCUCCGGCCAGCCACAGCCCAGGGGCCCACACAGGAGAUGCUUCCCUGUCCUGUGGGCAGCACCCCAUCUCAGCAGGGUGACGUGACACAGAGAGAAGCCAGGACUUCUCCAGGGAUGCCUGGACUGGGCGGCCACAGCAGCGGAUCUGGGCUGGCACUGGGCACUGACAGGAAGAGGAGCCGCCUGAUGAAGGCAAAGCAGGGACUGUGGGGAGAGACUAGCUGGGGCAGCCAGAGAUGGAGCAGACCUGGCCCCACCAUCUAUAAUCCCAGAGCCAGGAGCUUGGCUGUUGGCAGGGGCGAGUCCAGUCCCGAGAAUGCAGCCCGUGAAAGGAGUAGGGUAAGGACUCUGCGUCAGGCCUUUCUGGCCCUGCAGGCAGCAUUACCUGCAGUGCCCCCAGACACCAAGCUCUCCAAACUGGAUGUACUGGUCCUGGCCACUAGCUACAUAGCCCAUCUUACCCAAACCCUAGGCCAGGAGCUGCCAGGGGCAGCUCGGCCCCCCUUCCUGUGUGGACUCCGCUACUUGCACCCUCUCAAGAAAUGGCCAAUGAGAUCUCGCCUCUACGCUGGAGCCUUGGGGCCAUCUGGCCUUGACCCUACCAGCGGUACUCCUGGCCAGAGAAUGUGGGAAUCAGCAGUCAGGCCCCAAGUCCCUGGAGAGGCGGAGUUCAUUCCUCCCAAGCCAGUCUCACCAACUUGCAGCAAAUAACUUCAUCUGUUUCCCUUGUGCUUGGCCCCUUAACUUAGUAUGGGGCCAACGCUCUCAACCUGGCCUUACUUAUUCCUUCUAUGACUUUCUAGCCUACUGGUCCAUUUCAGGGUCUUGCUUUCAGAAUCCCCAGUACACAUAUAACCUUUGUGAGGAAUCCAGUUGGGGCCUAGGGAGCUGGCAGAGAGCUUUUUGACUGAAGGGCAACAGGGAAAGUGGAAGGCAGAAGUACCAGUACUUUAUUCUUUUGAGAUAUAGCUUCAGGUGACUCAGUUACCAUUGUUGGGAGUGACAGCUGGGUGGAGUGAAUCUCUUCAAAAUUAUCCCUCCCUCUUGCCUCUCUUACAAAACCUACUGAAUUAACUCUCUGUAGAGCAUGAGAAUAGCCCCAGCCAAGGGCAAAGGUAGAGAAGACCUGGAUGGCAGGUAUAGCAAAAUAUUUAGCACCACUGUGAAUUAAGGAGGGUAGGCUGUUCACUGUGAUCUUGGCAAGUUCAAAAUUGUAACAGGAACCAGGCACUGAUCUUUUGGCCCAAGGACCACAUAAGCAUCACUGGGAAUUAUGGAAGAGUGUGGUCAAGAGGACUAGGUGUUUCUAACAUAAACCAAAUCUGAGGUGAGCAGAUAGCCUUCCUCAGGCAGGACAUUCAUGGAUUCACACUUCUUAUCCUCCCAGAUAAACGCCCCUCUUUUUGUCCUUUGCUGGGCCCUGCUGCUUUCCUUCCCCAUUCCUUUUCUUUCCUCUGGAAGUCAUAUUUACAUGUAAACAAACCCCCAGCUCUUACAUUCCUGAUUUCCAAAGAAAAGUCCCGGCUGUCUUGUCCAUCUGCUUCAGUAGUACCAGAUCCUAAACAGAAAGCUGGAAAGGCCCUAAGGGGCCAUCUAGUCCAACUCUCACAUUUUAGAGUGAAUUAAACUCCAGGGAGGUUGUGACUGCCUGACGUCACCUGCACCUGAGGCAGGAUUUGAACCCUGCAAAUCUGUGUCUGAUAAAUCUAGAACCAGUGCUCUUUCCACCACACAUCCUACUUCCACCCAACUUUUUCAAGACUAGACUCCUUUUGCCACCCACACUUAGGGAUCUGGAGACAAGGCUUCUCCCUAACAGGACAAACAUUGGACGACCUGCACUGGUGUAUCUGAAAUGUGGUCAUUAUAACCAAAAGUUCUCUGCCCUUAAAGUAACAGGGAAUGGAGCCCAAAGCCCAUAUGGAGGCAGUUUGAUUCUCUAGAUCAGUCUUCAGCCUAAAACCUUAUAUCUAAGGGUGUGACUGAGGCAUGGGGAUGAGAAGAGAGAUUUUACUCUCCUCCCAACUUGUCCUGACAUAGAAGCCACUAGAGUCAUAGGAAUACUAAGAAAUAUUUAUUUUUUGGUACGUAAGACAAAAAUGGCCAUAGACCUGGAUUCUAGGAUGAAGAGUAGCAGAGCUGGGGGUCAGGGCACAGAAGAGAAUGAGGCUAGAGGAGGAAGAUCAAAUUGAGGUGGGGUAGAAGAGGAAACAGAGAGGGUCUGAGGUCUGGGGCUGCCUAAGAUGUGGAGGAGCAGCUGAGACGUGGCUGGAAGCCAUGAGGAGGAGGCCUCAGCCAAGGCUGAGCUCAUAAAUCUGCUUGGGACCAGGCGAUGGGGAGCUUGGAUGGAGCUGCUUUGCAGGCAGCUGCACUGGGGGCGGGAGGGAAUUGGGGGCUGUGGAGUGUCCAGGUGUGGGAGGAGGGUGUGAGCACAGUGUUCCUUACUCCAAGACCAUAAAAGUCCAGCUCAAAUAUUCUAUUUUUAAAAGUCGAAUAGCAAUGUCUUCUUCAUUGGGCUGAGAUGGCCAGGAAGGGGGCUAGGGGGUUGGGUGAGGAUUGUGAAGGGGGAGGAAGAAGUCUGGGAAUGUACAUUCCAGGGAUGAAGGACAAGGGAACAAUCUUUCCAGGGAAAAACAGAAGAAUUAGAGUUCGCUAGCUUAGACUGUUCGAUUGCCUAUUUCUCCCUUGACUUUCUCAGUAAAUAUUUCUUCCUGCUCCAAGUCUGA